AUGUCUGCUGAUCCCGUGCGUGUCGGUGCUGUAGACGAUGUGGAGGAUGCGGAGGAGGAAGAGCAGGCGAGCUUCUUGGGGGCGAGUUCUGGGAAGGUCGGCAUGCCAAAAUCUCUGGAUGUGGAUGACGGUGCAGGUGAGGAGGGUCCAGGAGUCGCCUCCUGCAGGAUCUUUCAUCUCAUUUGCUGUGGUCUCUUGAGUAUGGCGGUGGGCUUCAUGGGGGCCAAGUUCCUGAGGGGCAGGCAGGAUCCCUUUACUCCCGUGUCCGUGGCGUGCCCUGUGCGGGAGCCGAGAUCACCAGCAUCAGUGAGGCUACCAGGCCCUGGAAUGGUGGAGCUCGUGGGAUUCAACCGCGCAUGGUUGGCAGGAAACGGGGAGUACGAGGACCCCAUUGUGGUCACCGGGGGUGCCGGCUACAUCGGAAGCCACAUGAGCUUGAUGUUGCUGGAAAGAGGCUUCGACGUCGUGAUCGUGGACAACUUAUCGCGUGGAAGCAUGCUGGCGGUUAAAGUCCUCCAAGCCGAGGCCUGCAAGCUUUCACGAUCCAUCGCCUUUGUGAAUCUCGACUUGGGGAAUCAUGACCAAGUCACCGAGCUCUUGCAGCGCAUUCAGCCCAGAGCAGUCUUGCACUUUGCGGGCAAUGCUUAUGCCUCCGAGUCCAUGGAGAAGCCACUCCUGUACUACCAGAACGUCACGGAAAACACGCUGUCACUGCUUCGGGCCAUGGCAAAGGCACAGGUCACAAAUCUAGUCUUCUCGUCCAGCUGCGCAACCUACGGCAACCCACCGCAGGUGCCGGUCACCGAAACGGUCGAGCAGAAGCCCAUCAGCAUCUACGGACACAGCAAGCUGAUGGCGGAGAAGAUGAUCAAGGCCUGGGCAAGUCGCGAAGGAUCCAACUGUGCCACCAUCUUCCGCUACUUCAACGUCUAUGGCGCAGACCUUCAGUCGAGACUUGGCCCUGUGCUGCGAGGCCCAAAGUUGGCGCAGUACGGGCGGCUGCCGGAUGUCCUCGUCGAAGCGGCCCUGGGCUUGCGGAGCUCCGUCCCUAUCUUCGGGGCAGACCUGAAAACACGGGAUGGGACCGCGGAGCGCGAUUACAUUCAUGUCUGGGAUCUCGUGCAUGCCCACAUGGAUGCCCUUGCUGCAAUGAUGUUGGCAGGUGCGCAGGGAGAUGCGUGCGUGUCAGAUGUGUACAACCUCGGAACUGGGACACCUGUCUCAGUUCAGCAAAUGCUCUCCGCCACGAAGGCCCUGUUCCCAGAAGCAAAGUUCACGGUGGAGGUCAAGCCGCUCCGAUCGGGUGACCCAGUCUCCGUUUAUGCGGACCCCCGCAAGGCACUCGCCAAAUUCGGAUGGCGGGCACAGAUUCAGAACACCACCGAAGCGUUGCAGACCUCUGUACGCUUUCUGCAGAAACAUGCCUCCUAUUUUCAUCUCGCCCUCGGUGACAUGAAGACUCUGCCCGAUGUCCGGGUGCCAAGUACGGCUCCGACAGCUCCGACUCCGGGGAUGGUGGCACCGGCGACUCCUUCACUUCCUGCGGCUUCUCCAGCCACUCCGGCUCCUUCCGCUCCAGGUGAGUACAGAUCACGCUAUGCAGAGCCAGCCAAUCCGUGGCAAGCUGGUGACAUGCCGAACGCGACGCUCAAUUCCACACCCUGGGUGGUUCAUCGCUUCUCCGACCCCUUGGCGUCUCCGCGCAUGUGCAUUCAGGUCCUCACCAUCCCAUCGGUGAAGAAAGGGUACCUCUACUGGUCCUUCUUCAUCCUGCGCGAGUAUGCCAGGAGAAAUGGUUAUGAUCUCUAUGCCUUGACCACCAAGAUGAACGAGACUCGGCCGCCCUCCUGGCUCAAGAUCCGGAGUGCGCAGGCCAUCAUUCGAAGCAACACUGGCUGCGACUACCUAUUCUGGAUAGAUGGGGAUGCCAUCAUUAUGAACUUCAGCUUUCGGCUGGAAAACAUCAUAGGCUACAAUGGCAAUAAGGAUGUGGAUGUGGUAGUGUCGGGCGACACGGUUGCCAUUAAUGCAGCCAUGGGGCUUUGGAAGAUGACACCCUGGGCAUACAGUUUUUUGGAGGACAUGUGGAAUAUUGGUGAUGUGAAGCUCUGGGAAACUGGCGCCAUUGCCAUUCUUAUCGCUGGCUGCAAGCCAUCGGACCCGGUGAACGUGAAGCGUGCUUGCUACGAACACUCGGACAAGGGCUGGAGGAACGGGACCUUUGCAAAGCACUUGAAGCUUGCUGAGCCUUGGGCUGUGCAGGAGAUGCUGGUCAACAAAACUCUUUCUGACCAUAUGGCCUGGGUGCCCAAGCGCCUCAUCAACAGCUAUCCCAAAGGUCUCUUCGGUGGUAUGUUUGACAGAGCAACAAGCCCAGACUUUCUCGCACACUUUGUGGCUGGGGGUAAAAACCAAAUUGAGACCUGGGCCAAAGAUUCCAUAGCGAGGAACAAGCUCCUCCCUGAUCCUAGUGUUCCGCUGUGGCCUCCCGACCCGCCUAAUCGCGUCUGA